AGGCCACGCCUCCAACCUCAGAGCCGCUGUCAUUUCCGGAGUAAGAUGGCCGCAGUGCGCGUGCUAAGGACCUGGAGCCAGAGUGCUGGGCGGAGGGUUUGUGUUCGCUACUUUCAAACAUGCACUAAUGUUCAUGCUUUGAAGCCAAAAUACUUGCGUUUCGUUGGUUAUCCUUCAUUCAAGUAUAGUCACCCGCAUUGCUUGCUGAAAACAACCGCUGCUCAACAGGGACAGAUUGUUCAGUUCAAACUCUCAGACAUCGGAGAAGGCAUUAGAGAAGUAACUGUUAAGGAAUGGUAUGUAAAAGUAGGAGACACAGUGUCCCAGUUUGAUAGCAUCUGUGAAGUUCAGAGCGAUAAGGCUUCCGUCACUAUCAGCAGUCGUUACGAUGGAGUCAUCAAAAAACUGUAUUAUAACCCAGACGACACUGCCUACGUGGGGAAGCCACUGGUAGACAUAGAAACAGAAGCCCCGAAAGAUUCCGAGGAAGACGUGGUCGAAACGCCCGCCGUGCACCAUGACGAGCACACCCACCAGGAGAUCAAAGGCCAGAAGACACUGGCCACCCCCGCCGUCCGCCGCCUGGCCAUGGAAAACAACAUUAAGCUGAGCGAAGUUGUUGGCUCAGGAAAAGAUGGCAGAAUACUCAAAGAAGACAUUCUCAGCUAUCUGGAAAAGCAGACAGGAGCAAUACUACCUCCUUCGCCAAAAGCUGAAAUCAUGCCGCCCGCACCAAAGCCGAAAGACAGAACUGUUCCUGUGCCCCCGUCAAGAGCCCCGGUGUUCACAGGCAAAGACAGAACAGAGCCCAUAGCAGGCUUCCAGAAGGCAAUGGUGAAGACCAUGUCGGCAGCCUUGCGGAUACCUCACUUCGGGUACUGCGACGAGGUCGACGUGACCGAGCUGGUGAAGCUGCGGGAGGAACUGAAGCCCGUUGCUUCUGCGCGCGGGAUUAAGCUCUCCUUCAUGCCCUUCUUCAUAAAGGCUGCCUCCCUGGGGUUGCUGCAGUUUCCCGCCCUCAACGCCUCCGUGGACGAGCACUGCCAGAAGGUCACAUACAAGGCCUCACACAACAUUGGGAUCGCCAUGGACACCGAGCAGGGCUUGAUCGUCCCCAACGUGAAGAGCGUCCAGGUCCGCUCGGUGCUGGAGGUCGCCGCGGAGCUGAACCGCCUGCAGAAGCUGGGCUUGGCCGGGCAGCUCAGCACCUCCGACCUCACCGGGGGCACCUUCACCCUGUCCAACAUUGGCUCGAUCGGGGGUACCUACGCCAAAGCAGUGAUACUGCCACCCGAAGUGGCGAUUGGGGCUCUCGGAUCAAUUAAGGCCCUUCCCCGGUUUAACCAGAGAGGAGAGGUGUACAAGGCCCAGAUCAUGAAUGUGAGCUGGUCAGCCGAUCACCGGGUCAUCGACGGGGCCACCGUGGCGCGCUUCUCGAACCUGUGGAAGUCCUACUUAGAAAACCCGGCGGUGAUGCUGCUAGAUCUGAAGUGAAGCCUGGCGGCUCCGUGCACUCUCGGAGCUUCCGGAGGCGACGCCAACCCAGCUGCGGCCGCGCCUGUCCCUCACGACAGCCGGCGGCACAGACGGUUUGUGUGGGGUGUCUGGCGUUCAAGGCACAACACUUCUCCCUGUUCCGACCCACGUUCUCCUGAGAGCGAACAAUGGGUACUAGUUCUUUGGGGCCGUCCCGUUUCGUAGGUCACAUGUGACUUCUCAGCGCAGUGCUGCGGCCUUCGUGGCAAUGAACUGAAGCUGACAAGAACAACAAAACGUCACUAAAAGAUGGUAGCCAUAGACAGUAUUUGUUCUAUUUCCUUUUCUUACCUUAAACUGACUCAGUGGCUUUUUUUGAUUUGCACUUAGUUGGGAAAGGGAAUGUACGUACAAAACUGUUUUCCCUUCCCCCACAAGAAUGCCAGUUGCUGUAUGAACUAAGUGCCAUUACACGUAGCGCUUAAGAUAUCCAGGGCUACGUCACUCUGAAGACGUCGUCAUCUGCAAAUGCCUUAUUUAUGUAAAGUAAUACCUUUUAAAAGGGAAAACUAAGUGGAUCUUAAUGCCCAGAUAGAGUUCUAUUACCAGUAAAAAAGAAAGGGAGAGGAGUGGAGUAGGAAAUUGUGGACAUUAAAGUAAAAUAGCAAAUUUUAUAUAGAAAUGAGUUGGGUAGAGGCCCACUGUAAUCAGAAAGAGCAUCAAGGUGAAUACCAGCCAACACUUGGAUUUGCAUUCAGGAAACCGAACGCAAAUUCAGUUGUUUCAAAUAUAGUCUAAAAAACUUCACGUGCAGUGUUAUGAUAAGAAAACAAGUUGUUUUAAUAUGGAAGUGACGUGAAGCGCCCUUGGUUGCAGCGUCACCUGACGCUACACCAAGGCUGUGGGUUCAGUCCCUGGUCAGGGCGCAUGCAGGAGGCAGCCAAGGAAUUGACCAGUGAGUGCGCAAACAAGCGGGACGCAAACUGAUGUUUCUCUCUGUCUCCCCCUCCCUCUCUGUCUCUAAAAAAUCAAUAAAUAAUUUGUAGAAAGAAAAGAA